CAUAGAAACUGGAACCACCCCACCAGUGAGUCUCUGGUCAUGAGCGCUACGGCAGUGUCUGAAGUGAGGCAGUGCAAGCAGCGCGCAUUUUAGACGUUGCCAGCGAUACGAAAAGAUGUCGUCCUUGAGCGGUGACGAGAACAGCGAGAUCGUCGAAAACGAACCAGUGAGACGUACAAGAUCCGGACGAACUGUUAAAUCUAUUGCUACCUUGGUGGUCCACAAGAAAACGCCGGUAAAAAUAUCUUCAACUAGAGUUACUCGUGCCACGAGGACUAUUCAAGAGAUAGAAGAGGAAAGUAUACCUUUUGAAGAAGAUGAAAGUGGACUACCUGAAAAUGGAGUCCAGCGAGAACCUAUUGAUGAAGAAUGUGAUAGUCCAGCAAUUCAGUUACAUUUGGAUGAUACUCAUGAACAAACUGAAGAGCAAAUAAUUGAGAAUCAAGAUGAAAAUAUCAAUCUACAUCAAGAAUUUUAUGAUAAUAUGGAAGAACUUAAUAAGAACGAAGAUGAAAUUAUUGAAACAGAGGGUAUGAUAAUGCAAGAAAGUGAGUUUGAAACAGAAAAUAUACCUGAAUUUGAUCCUGAUGAAAUGAGUGAAGAAGGAAAUAUAGCAGAACUAGAAACUCUAGCUUCAGUUCGUAAUCGCAGAAAUGAAAUACCAUCUAAUAGAAAUAAAAUUAAUAUUUUAAGAGUUAAAGAUUCAUCCCAAAUGAUGGAAGAUCAAAUAGAAAGUCAGUGUAUUCUUGUAGAAGAUGAUACAAAUCAACACUUUGAUAUAGAUGAUGUAGAACAAAAUAGAAUUGAUGGUACUGAAGAAUCCGAAUUUGAUAGAAAUGAAGAUUGUGAUACAAUGAAUCAAGAGACUGAUGUGUUGCAAAAUAUCUAUUCUAUGGAAGAUAGUGAAGUAAUAAUUGAUAAUGAAAAAUUUCCAAAUGAAGAAAUAGAAUUUAUUUCUGAAAAUAUUGAAAAUGAUGUAAAUAAUUUUUCAAAGCAACCAAAUCAAGAAGAAAAUUAUAGUCAAUUGGGUAAUAUAGAACCACAAGAAGUUAUAGAAAUAAGUGAUCAUGAUAGUGAAAUAGUAUUAAAAAAAGUUGAACCUGAUACAGAAGCUGUUUCUGAAGAUGAACUGCCAACCGAAGCUACUACCAAGCAUGAUAAUCACGAAUAUGAAGAUGUAGAAGAAGUAUCAGAAGGUGAAUUUUUUCCCAAUGAGACAAUAUUUCAGGAACCAGAAACUGAAGCUGUCUCUGAUGAAGAAUUACCUGCAGCACAGCCAGCUGAUCUUGGAGAAACUGAGUCGGUUUCUGAAGAUGAACUACCUCUUGAAAGUGAGAAAAAGAGAAAAGGAAAUAAAACUAACAAAAAUCUUGAAAAAAAAAUUAAAUCUAAUGUACAAAGUAAACGUAAAAGAACUGCUGAAGGUGAAUAUGAUCCCAGUUCACCAACAUCAGAAAAUAAUGACGAAACUCCUGCCAAAAAAAUAGCUAUAUCGGAUAUUAAUUCAAAUGAAAAAUCAGAAGUGAAACCUGCUUCACCAAAAAAGAAAACUUUACCAGAGUUAGAAAAAUAUUGGAAAGCAGUUAAUGAUGAUCCCACAGAUUUUACAGGGUGGACAUAUCUUUUACAAUAUGUAGACCAAGAGAAUGAUGCAGAAGCAGCUCGCGAAGCUUAUAAUAAAUUUCUACAGCGAUAUCCGUAUUGUUACGGAUACUGGCGCAAGUAUGCCGAUUACGAGAAGAAAAAGGGUGAUCCUGAGCGAGUUCAAACGGUCUUCGAUCAAGGUUUGAAUUCCAUUUCUCUCAGUGUCGACUUAUGGCUUCAUUAUAUCAAUCACUGUAAAAUAGUUUACGAAAAUGAAGAGGAAAAUAUGAGAGAGCAGUAUGAAAGAGCCAUCCAAGCUUGUGGUCUUGAAUUCCGGUCUGACAGGUUGUGGGAGAGCUACAUAAAAUGGGAAACUGAGAAUAAGCGUUUCAACAAAGUUAUGGGUAUCUACGACAGGCUGUUGAAUACACCAACUCUAGGAUAUAUGUCACACUUUGAAACAUUUCAGGAGUUUGUAACAUCUAAUAGUCCAAAUCGUAUCCUAAGUGUUGAUGAUUUUUUAUCGUUACGUGCUGAAGUGAAAGCCAUUCUAAAAUCGGAAGAAGGUUCUGCAGGCACGGAUGAUGCCCCACCAGGUGAGGAUUUACCCCCAAGUGAAGUUUCACCUACAGAUGAGGAAACUCGUGCUAUUCGUGAGAAAAUAAUUAGUAGCCGAAGAAAAAUGCACAAAACCAAUGUCAAUGCUGUAGCUGCAAGGUGGACCUUUGAAGAAGGAAUUAAAAGGCCCUACUUUCAUGUGAAACCUUUGGAAAGGUGUCAAUUAAAGAAUUGGAAAGAAUACUUAGAUUAUGAAAUCGAACAAAAAGAUCAAGGUCGAAUAAUUAUUUUAUUCGAAAGAUGCUUAAUUGCAUGUGCAUUAUAUGAUGAAUUUUGGAUGAGGUUCGUAAGAUACUUGGAAUCAUUAAAAGGAGAUAAUAUUGAUAAAAUUCGUGAUGUGUAUACAAGAGCAUGUACUGUUCAUCAUCCGAAAAAACCAAAUUUACACUUACAGUGGGCAACGUUCGAAGAAAGUAUGAGUAAUUUUGACAAAGCCGCCAGUAUUCUUGAAAACAUUGAUGGUAUUAUUCCAAACAUGUUACAAAUAGCAUAUCGCAGAAUAAAUCUAGAGCGUAGAAGAAACGACUUAGAUAAAUCCUGUGCUCUUUAUGAAUCUUAUAUUACAAACAGUAAAAAUAGGACAAUUGCAAAUAAUAUAGUUGUAAAAUAUGCUAGAUUUUUAUGUAAAAUUAAAAAUGACACAGAUAAAGCUGUCAAAGUUUUAUUAAAGGCAACUGAAAAAGAUAAGGAUAAUCCUAGGUUGUAUCUACAAUUAAUAGAUCUUGGUCUCCAAAGAAAUCCUAUUGACACUGAUGAAGUUAUUAGUUAUAUGGAUUUAUUCAUUGAUCGUGAACAUGCUGAUGCAGAACAACGAGUUUUGUUCGCCCAGCGUAAAGUCGAGUUCCUUGAAGAUUUUAGUGAUGAUAUUCGGCAAGUUUUAAAGGCUCAUGAACAAUUUCAAAAGUGUAUAAAACAAGCUAAAGAAAGAAAGAAGACGAAAGGUGAUGACAGUAAAAAUGAUGCGACACCACCAAAGAAAACCAAGACGGAUCCAUCGAGUACACCUCAAGCCCAAGUUGGCUCUCAAUCUUACCAAUACAGCAGCAGCACAACUCCUUAUCAAUCUCAACAACAAUUUCAGAGUAGUCAAUAUGGAAGUCAAAGUGGCUACCAGCAAGGCUAUCAACAAUAUGCACCACCGACAGAUCCUAAUUAUGCCAACUACCAAAAUUGGCAAUAUGGUCAAAGUGGUCCCCAAGCAUAUGCUCCAUAUAAUCAGUGGGGAUCUUACAAUUAUUACUAAGAUCACCGGGAAUGCUGAUCGUGUAGAUCUGAGAGUAAUGUUUCGUUAAUCAUAUAUUGUACAUUUUCGCCGACUCUGAUUACGCAGAGUUUUUUCUAAUUCCAAAAAACGAAGUUUUGCUGACGUAUGUGCAUUUACGUUGUCCGAAAGUUUGUUACGUGAUUCUCUCGAUCUCGGAUCAAUACUCUCAAACUCGAUGUCGAUGCCAUCACUGUAUAUUUGCGAUUUAUCCUUAAACGUUUAUUAAAUAUAAUGUGUACAUUUAUUUUUUCUUCCGACUGAUCGGUUUUAUAACCGCAUUUGUUCCCUUUUUCUUUUUUCUUCCAUCUAUUCUUUACAUUUUUAAGUAACAAUUUCGUUUCAUUUAUUAUUUUCAUUCUUCGAUUUGUUACUGAUUAGAAACAAACAUAUUCGAUGCCGUUCUUACAUUCGACGUCGUUGAGCUCGAGAAACUAAUAACCCUUUGAAUGACGAGAAAAAAGAAAACGUCCGUCUUUGCAGAUCCUACAUUAUUACGCAUGUGACACA